CAGGACAGAGAAGCGGAGCACUGCUCUUUCUGAAGGGAGUGGGACCCGGGAGCAGCGAGUCUCGUCCAUCCCGCGACCGAACAUGGAUGAACUGCUACUGAGGGAGGAUCAGACGAUGUAGCUGUAAGAAUGCGUCCACCGCGCGCAUCCCGCUCUUUUCUUCUGUUUCUGUUCCUCUGUAACGCAUGGAGGACACUAGCAAAAUCACUGCCGACCCAAACAACAGUCGAGGUGCUGGUUAAAGUGCAGGUCUUUGACAACAGUGACCUUUCACCUUUAAAAGAUGCCACAGUUCAGGUGUAUGGAAACCAAACAAUCUUAGCAUCCAGCCUGGCAGGAGAGGAUGGCAUCGUCACACUUAACUUCCUGUAUCGACCAGGAACGUGGGUCAUCGUCACAGCAUCAAAGCAUGGAUUUGUCACAAAUUCAGCACCCUGGCAUGCCAGUCGCAUUCCCUUAUACGCCUCCAUAAGUCUGUACCUACUGCCUCAGAGACCGGCCACUCUCCUGCUGUAUGAUGAUGUGGUGCAGUUACUGCUGGGUUCUCCAGGUUCUCGGAGACAGCCGUGGGUACAGCUUCAGAGGAAAGCCAUCCGGCCAACCCUAAACACCUCCCAAAUCGCCCUCACUGCCCUGCUCACAUCAUCCCGCAGUCAGUAUGAGCUCGGGAACUUCCCCUACCCCCUCGCCUUGGAGACCAACUCAACGGGGUCCAACAGUAGCUGGGUGGAGUUGACAGCUCUAGCGGCGAUGUGCGCGCAGCUCACCGGCCCCAAUGACACUGAGGUUCAUGUGUCUGAACACAUUCAUAUCUCUAUCCCACUCCCCUCUGACUCUCCUCUCAAGACUGCCACCAGCGUCCCCGUCUGGAGGUUUGAUGACAGGACAGGUUUAUGGGUUCGAAGCAGUGCUGGCUACAUCAAAAAAGAGGGCACUCAGAUGACAUGGAGUUUCGUGGCUCCAAGUUUAGGGUACUGGCUUGCAGCAUUUCCAUCAACGUCAGGGACUGGUAUGAAUUCCUCUGGUUUAAGAGACAUCACAACUUACCACACCAUCUUCUUGCUUGCAAUUUUGGGUGCCAUGGCCCUGUUAGUGCUCAUCCUGCUGUGUUUGCUACUGUACUACUGCAGAAGGCGAUGUCUGAAACCUCGACAGCACCGUCGAAAAAUGCAUCUCUCUUCCACUCAGGAAAGCUCAAAGAGAGACCAGGGCACAUCCACCUCCCACCUCAAUCUCAUCAGUGGUGGACACAUGGAGACAACAUCUUCCGCCACCGAUCCUGAAGGCAUCAAAUCCGUCCUUUCCUCUGAUCGUGAUGUGCACAGCUCCAGAGAAGACUUCUUCAGAUACGGCCUCACACAGAAACAAAGAGACAUCAAGAAAGGCGAAAGCUUCCCAAUGAAGGCUACUCAAUCUACUCACACAGGAACCCGAGACCGGCUCUUACAAGAUGACUACAGCAGAAGUUACAGCUCUGCUGAAGACUCUGAUGAACGCAGAUACCAUAAUGCUAAAGACAACCAAGGUUAUUCAUCAGACCCACCUUCACCACCUCCUCUUUUUCCGCCUUUCGUUGGCCACUAUCAGGAUCACAGUCGGGACAGCAAUCCUCCGGAGUAUUACAUGUCCCAGACAGGCGAUCACCUUAGUCGGCCAAGUUCUGUGAACACGCAGCCUGGCCAGCUGAUCUUCUGUCACUCCAUGGAACAGAUGAAGGAGAGCAUGUACCAUAGCAUGGUGCCCACAUUGGUCAUUCCUGCUCAUUACAUGCAUAUGUCCUCAGACCUGUCAGCUGUGGAGCAAGCAAUGGAAAGGCAGCAACAGCUGCAGCACGAUAUGGAGGGCAUCCAGGUUAGUAUGAAGCUACCACGGCAACAGAGUCAACACCAAAAGCAACAGGCCAAGCAAGAGAAGGCGACGGAAGAGUCGAACCAGCAGGCCGUGGGGCCGCCAGACCAGAACUGGGAAAGCGAACAAUCCGCUUCUCCAGUCCGCAUCCCUGUUUUAUUCAAUGAUUCUACAAUAGCGCAAAUGAAUGGAGAGCUGCAGGCGAUAACUGAGAAGAAACUGCUGGAGCUUGGGGUAAAGCCACCCCCCCGCGCCUGGUUCGUUUCCCUCGACGGACGUGCAAACUCUCUAGUUAGACACUCCUACAUAGAGCUGGGAAAUGAAUCUUUGCGUGCACCUGUGGCCACCAGCAGUCUACCCCAGGAGCACCGUGCUGAAGGUUCAGGGAAAUCAACUAAACGGAAAGUAAAAGAGGAGGGCAGGGCAAGUGAAAGAAAGGCUCACAGUAAGAUUUAUUCCAAACUUCCGGUUAUAGACAUGCCAGACUCGAGCAGCGAGGGCCAUUCUGCCAUGUAUUCGCCUGAGGAGAACUCCACAGCCCCACUGCUCGACGAGACCUCUCAGACAAGAGGCGGGACCUUUCCCCGUAAAGGACGCAGUCGUGACAACAGCACCCGCAGUAGCGCCAGCGAGAUCCAGAAAGAUUCUGUCACCAGCCCGGACGAUGACAAUGAAGCGGACGACAUAGAUGACGACGGAGAAAAUAAAAAGAGCCCCUGGCAAAAGCGUGAAGAGAGACCCCUCAUGGUGUUCAACGUCAAGUAACUCGCUCAUCACUAUCCAAAUCUGUAUCAUGACCUUGAGAUGAGUCCUCACUAAAGAUGAGUUUAAAAGAUGCAGAACAAGCUCAAGAAAGGACAUGGCAAUUACCUGAGGGACCAGGUUCCAAGCAUCCAGACUAGGCACUAAGAAUAAGCACUGAAUGACGCUUGUUAAGAAGAAACUGAUGAAUUCUCACUCCUCAGAUGUCCUUCAGAUAGAUUAGCUAUUCUUGCUAUGUAGAAAAUGAUAUCUGGUAUUAUUCUGGCAUCGGUUCCUGAGACCAGGGAACCUUUUAUUGCAAAUCAAGAUGCUCUGUAAAUCUCCUUUAGUGAUGUCCACUUUUUGUAAGAAUGACCAUGAGCCAUUUUAAAACAGACUUUGGUGAGCAAUCCACAAGCCUUAAAGAGGUUUUUUGUUUUAGUGAAAGAGAUAUUGAUGAAAAUGUUUCCCAUGAAUGGCAAAAGGCUGUUUUGAGUUUUGAUAGAUUUUCAAUAUAGUUUACUUUUAUUGUAGUGAUGGAUUUUACUUAAUUUUUAUUUGUUCAUGGCUACGUACUAGAGCUGAACCACUAAGAUGUGUGUGGGUAAACGUGGGUAAACUACACUUCACAAAUGGGAGUGAAAUGGUUGCUGAACGAAUCUGUUUACUCCAAAUGUGACUUAUCAAAUCUUAGCGUUUGACACAAUUACACUGUAUUUUGUACUGUUGGUAAAAGAUGCCCUUUUGUACUGAUCUGAAAGCAGUGUUGGGGUUUCUUUUAUGGUUAAGGAUAGCUAGGAAAGCUGCUCUUACAGGUUCUGCUUCAAGGCAGAAGACAUUUUGUAUUCUGAAUAUGCAUUUCCUAUUGGGUCACUGCAGCAAUAGGACUUGUGUUGUAUGAAAAUCAAAGUUCUUACUUUGGACACAUGUGACAAUGUUUUCGCACUAUUCUUUGCUGCAGUGAGUAUCAACCUUUGCCAUAAAUUAGAACCACUGCAACUGUCAACUGUGGUAGUAAAAUUGUAUGUUUUUCUUUUAUGGACUUUUUUGUGGUGUGACUGAAGAUACAGAUUGUGCUUGAAAUGGAUGUGCAUGGAUACAUUUACAAAAAAUAUUGUACCACGUAUUUUUUUAAAACACGAGUACUGCUUAAGCGCUCUUACUAAACUCUGUGAACCACUUAUUUGUAAAUAACACCCUAGUAAAUUUACACUCUCAA